UGUUCGGAAUUAUGCAUGAUUGCGAGAAUUAGGGUUCUGCUCACGAGUGUCCAUGUCGAGGAGCACAAGUGGUCUGUUCUUCGAGAAUUGGCGAUGGCGUCGCCACGAUGGGAAAUUUGUAGCACCUGGUCCAUCGCGGACGGACCAGAAGCAUCGCAUCUAUCGCGACAUGUCACGAUUCGCGACGUCCACAGCAGUGACGACGGUGCUGGAGGCAUGGGGAAUGUGCGCAUCCGUCUUGUUCCUGGCCCCGAGAAGCAGUCUUGUGAAAUAACAGUUACUUUUCAGCAGCAACAGCACGCUAUUUACAACAUGGAGGUGCUGAGCACAGCCAGGACUUGUGAAGCGUAUCGUCAAAAUGAGGGAGAGACUGAUGCAGAAUAUCUCUGUACCGCCCGAGGGCAAUUGGAGACCAAUGAAGAGAAACCAUAUUUGUACAGAGCUGGAAUGAAUGUGGAAGAUCCAGGAUUUUGCAAAUCAGUAACGAUCCGAUUACUUUCUCUUCAAGAUAAGUCUCAAGUAAUCGUUCAGCAUAUUCUUAUUGUGGCCUCUCCUGGUCCCUUUCUGGCUGGAGGGUCGCGUCAAGUUUCUGUUCCAGAACAGGCAGCGAUUGGUGGAGGGAAUCCAGCACCCUCACUUGGAUCAUUGACCCCAUUCAUGUUGCAAAUGGCAAAAGGCUUUUCAAUGCCUGACAUGAUGAAUAAAAUGGCAUCCAGUGGUGAUCCUGGUGUACAAGGUUUUGCUCAUAUGUUUCAAUCUCAACAACGUGGAACUUUACCUCAUGCGGAGCUCGCUAUGCGUGCGUUGGCAUUGAAGACAGAACCACAUUCUUCUCCUCCAAAUUCACUCCCACCUGUAAAAACCGAGGUUUCCCUAGAGGAUGUAUGCCAGCGUCUCGAAAGACUUGAAACUGUUUGUACACGCAUCGAGUCAUCUCUGUGCAAGACAUUGGAAUCAUUUGAAAAGCGUUUGCAGCUUCUAGAAAAUGGGCUUGAUAGAUCUUCAGGGACUUGAUACGCCAACCACCGUCAAUGGCUUACAAGUCUGCUUCGGAGGGGUUCAAUCAGCUUGGAACCACUUCAAUGGGUGGAAUGUACACUUCCUUUCAAGUGAGGCACAAAUGCUUCUGAGACACGUUUUGAGGACGUACUGGCAUCUUGAUAUGUCAUCAUAUCAAACUAUUGUCCUUGGUGCUAUUCCUUAAGGGUCAGCUAAUCCUCUGCCUACUGCUACUUCUGUUUUAAGCUAGGUGAGGAUUGUAUUGCAGACAACUGCAACUUCACUUUCUGCAGUCUCUCAAAGCCGUGCAGAGCACCUGUGUUACUCGGUGUGCCGCAACACUUCAAAUGGCACCAUGUGCACCAUCUAUUUUAAUGCUGCUGAGUAGCACAUCAACAAUGCAUGCCCCUGUGAUAAUUACUUCAGCUGGAGAUUUCAAUGCAUCAAUAGUUUUGAGUUCAUGCGGUGACAGUUCUCAAGUAGACUUGAUUGUAUUCCAGAUAAAUGAGAGUUGACAUGUACUAUGGAUUUUUGACGCGUUACUGGUAAUUUGAGAUCAUUUCAGACAGUUUUUUGUUCCUUUCAUCCGACGCUCUGUGUUCGAGGCGUUACGAUCCUCAGCCAUCUUGUAAUUUGAGACACUCAAAAAACCUAGAAGUGAUUCUGAUUA